AUGUCUUUACACUUUUUAAUGCUUACAUUUGCCUAUCAAUCUCCUCAAAAUGCCUCUGAAAUUGUCAAGUUUAAUAAGGAUCUUCAGUCUCAUAAUGCUUCCAAGAGGUCUCUUGAGACACUGAAAGAGCUUUGUGGAUAUGCUGAUAAAAUUCAAAAAAAUCUUGUUGACCAAAAUCCUUCUAAAAAUCUUUUAGAAAGCCUCUGCACAGGCCUCGAAAAAUUUCUCGGCUACGAGAAAGGGAAUUACACCGGAGAGGGCAUCGUGUACUCCGACCUUGACAGGCUCUGCGACGGGGUGAUGGCGUUUAUCCUCCAAUGUCUUCAAGGCAGUAAAACGCUUUUACAUCAUUAUUAUCCUCAGAUUAUUGACACUAUAAGAGAUUUAGAGAGUAAAAUAGGUAAGGGCCUUGGUGUUCCAGGAUUUGCGCAGGCCAUUGGGAUUGUGCAGGCGGGGCUUCAGGGGUAUGAGAGUGGAUUGACGAGUAAAAGUAAGAAGGUUGUAGAUGAUAUAAGCACAAUAAAAUCACAAAUAGACACUUAUAAAUCACACGUAAAGUCACCUGAAUUCCUUAAUAUGAAUUUGACUGACCAGUUACAUGACGUGUCCAUUAGAGCUAUGUUCUUCGAUAAGAAGGCAGGCGAAGCCGUGGAGGCUGCAGGCCAACUAGAUGAUGUGUUGAAAAGUAAGCUCGAUAAGCCUGUAAGUCUGCUUAAGCAGGGCGCUGAAAACUUUAAAUCCGUUAACACAGAUGGCAAACUUCAACAUCAGGCCCGGGCAGUGGACACCGCGCUUACGACUCAAAGAAGCGUUUUGAAUAAUGCCAUUGAACAUCAAUCAAAAAAUGUUCAGGAAGUGCUAAAUAGUGGUUUUGAGAAACUGCAGAGUGAAUUGACUACGUUUAGAACUGUGCAAUUGAAGAAUGAAAUUAAGCAGAUUAAGGCUUCUGUGACCGAAGCCGAAAUUGCAGCAAGUGGAUUGCUUGAGAGAUUUGAGAAUGAGUAUAGGAUAAAGAUUGAGAAGCUAUUUACUGGGUUAAAAGAACAAAUGGAUGAUAUUAAUACCGCAAAUGCCGAUCCCGUUGGAAAACAAUCCAAGCUGAAACAAAAAGUAAAUGAAAUCCAGGACCAGGUUCGAAUCAUGGACGAUGCAUGUAAAGCAAAAUUAAAGGCGAUUUGGGAGCAUGUGACGAGUAAGGUUGGAAAAACUGAUGGCGAUGCGGGUAGUGUUCUCCAUGGUCUCACAAAAUUAGAUGCUCAUGUCACAGCAGGAUUAGAGAGGGUGAGGGAGAGCCUUAAGACUACGCUGAAGUCAUUUAUUACGGAACAGCUGGGAGGAUAUCUACAGAGUAGCAUUACGGCAGCUAAUGAGCACGAUUUUAAAAAUGGUACCAGGCCCGGUCUACAGGCGUUGCAAACUGUUAAGUUGGGAAGCGACUUAGGAAACUUAGAUACGUUUAGGCAACAGCUUGCUCAGCUUACACAAAGUGGUGAGUCACCUUUCGACCACAACACGAAGGCAUCUUUUGCUCAGCUUACUUCCACCCUUAAAAAUGAUAUAAAUGACAUUAUUGAUAAGAUGCUGAAUGACGAGAUUGGAGAUGGUAAUGGUGAGAAAGACCCAAUACGACUCCGAACAGAUUCAGAUUCAGAUUCAGAUGAUGGAAGUGGUCUCAUGUCAGAUUACGUGAAGCAGACAAAAGUCGGCACCGGAACGUUCAGACAACAGAUUGAUGAGAUUCGAAAAAGGUUUGAGAAUGAAUUCGACCCUAAUAAUGGAAUAAUUAUCCAACAUAUUCCUACGUAUGUCGACGCCGAAGUGACGUAUAAGGCUGCCUUGAGUAUUGUGCUUGAAACGAUCGGCAAACUGGAGAAGUUGCCGGGCGCUGUGGAUGAUGCUAAAGUUGCUGCAAACGAAUUGAUGAGUGUUUUGAGGGAGGAGGUUGAGACAGUUAAAAGUAUGAUUAUAGAAAUAACCCCAGUUGUCGAUGACGUUGAAAGCCAGUUGGAGAUCGCCAUAAAGUCAAUUGAAGAUACGGUUCUCAUUACGAAAGAUAAUGCUACACUAUCUAUAUCCGAAUUACGAGGAGACCUCACCCAAAAAGUCUCCUCCGUCUUCUCAACCAUCACUGCCCAAGUUCACGUCCUCUUCGCGAAGCAGAAGCAGGCCGAGCUGGCGCAGCUGCAGACCGUCGUCACGGCGCAGUUGGAGGCGAUUGGAAGGAUUAUUGCGGAGGAUAAAGCAACAGGGGUGAAGGGAUUCUUGGGGAAGAUGAAGACAUGUAUUAACGGAAUGCGUCACACUGAUCUGCCGUAUAGACUGGACGAAAAAAUACAAUUCCCCCCGCUUGUAAUAAAAGUUCAAGAUUUCUUCAUACCAUUGUUUGAUUAUAUUAUAACGCAAAUCACGCCAACAAGCACGCAGGCGUCGUCUCAACCUCCCACUUCACUUCCUAGAUCCCAGCCUCAGACUCCAGAUCCCCACGUUACCAAAGUCACUGGCAUUAAAAAUAAGCUGGAGACAUUACUUAGCAAGUUAACCACUUCACAGCAUUUCGAUGACACUUUUAAGCAAAAUCUAGCCGCACUAGUAGAAUCGGUGAAAGAGUUAAGAGCCACAGAGUUUGGCGAAGGAAUCCAUCCCAAGCUUCUCAACAUAGUGAGAACAGCGAUGACAGACUUCGACACACAAUUAGAUUACGCAUAUGUCAGUAGGUAUUCCUGUCAAACGAUAAGAUGGACUAGAGUCAGUAAACCUAAUGAGUUCACCGAUGAUGCCAAGAAAUGUGCGAAAGUUCUAAUGAGCAUAAUUCAAACAUUCCACCGUGAUUUGUAUGGACUGUUCUAUGACAUAGACGAUAACGACGCCGCUGCAGAUCAAAUUAAUGCACAUGCUGCCUUUCUAGGCGAUGCUCUGCAAGACUACGGUUACAUAUUAGCAACGGAAUUUGAGAAGCAGGACGGUGAAUUGUUCAAUGACAGUAAGACUAACGGCGAGAAAAUUAAGACACUUCUCAGUGGGCUCACGAAUAGCAAGAAUGACAGCGUCCUUAAUCAUCUUAACAAUUUCCUCACUUUAUAUUACAAGGUUUCUCACCUUAGAACCACGUCGUCGUCAAGUGCUAAAUACCCCUGCACAGUUAGAGACAUGUUGGCGUGGCUUGGUGGUUUGCCGUAUACCACCGUGUCGACAAAAAUUAAGCAGCAUUGUAAAGACUUAAUUGAUGAUGACAAAUAUAAUAAUGAUGACAUCCUUAAAACCGUGCUUACGAAUAUAGACCUUCGCGUCACUGCAGCCUGUAGAAAUGCUUACGAUGUCCUCACCGCAAUACAGGGCCACGGUCACGGUUCGCAAACCGCUGACUACCCAUAUGCCUACAAUUUACUAGACAAUUAUAAGAACUUCCAUUAUCCUUCGAAGGUUUCUGACUUAUUAGAUAUGUUAAUCCAAAUAUGUACACGUCUGCAGCGUUCACUCUACUUUUUGUAUUCGCAAUGUCAGAACACUUUAGGCGAAGGCAACGGCUGGCGUGAUUGCUGGUACGGCGGGGGCAUUGCACCAUCAAAUUGGCCAUGUACCGACCACUCAACCGACAAAGCUACGUGUCAACCUAGGUGCCAGGCAAAUGGCCAGCCAAAUUGCAAACCAAACUGUCAACCAAAAUCGCCUCUUCAGUCCUACCUAAACGAUUGUCUUCCUGGUCACCUACCUCACAAAUUAUCUUCCAUUGGUUGCAACUCUAUUUGUUCGACAUGUCCUACGACAUCACCUGGACAGCAGUGCGUUACCCCGAUGGGCUUUUGGGAUCUGACCGAGUCGGCGUCCCAUACGAAGCAGGGGAGUCAUAUAUCCAAUGUAUUAAAAGUAAUAUGUGGCAAUGCAUCGUCAAUUUUGCCCACAUUACUGAACUAUCUAACGCACAUAUCGCCGAUGCCACCAAAACGUUGGCCGAUCAAUUUUCAUUCUUUACGAAUAUCUUCAAACAGUGGUCAUCUGGGAGGUAUAGUGAACAUUUCGGCCUAA